AUGGACACUAAUCGGAAAGCAACAAUUCAAAAUUCAAAUAAAUAUGGUUCAUUUCCAUUUCCAACACGUCGAAAUGAUUUCACAGAUGAUUAUGAAAUUUUACCAAAAGUGUUAGGUCGUGGUGUAAAUGGUAAAGUUUACAAAUGUCAACAUCGUCAAACAGGACAAAUAUGUGCUCUUAAAAUUUUAGAAGAUUCAUUCCGAGCUCGACAAGAAAUUAUCUUACAUAAAAAAGCAUGUGAAAAUUGUCAAUACAUUGUGAAAGUAGUAGAUGUCUAUGAAAAUAUGUUUCGAUCUAAACGAUGCUUAUUGAUUGUAGCGGAAUGUAUGGAAGGUGGUGAACUAUUUCAUCGUAUUGAACAACGAAAAAAUAAACCAUAUACUGAACGUGAUGCUGCUAGAUAUAUUUGGAUGAUUGUUCAAGCUGUUUAUCAUUUACAUAAAAUGGAUAUAGCUCAUCGCGAUUUAAAAGCAGAAAAUCUACUCUUGACAAAUGAAACAGAUGAUGCUAUUCUCAAACUUACAGAUUUUGGAUUUGCUAAAGAAGGAAACAAUGAACCAUUGCCAUUGAAAACUCCAUUAUUUACACCACUUUAUGCUGCUCCAGAGAUUCUUUCCAAUGCAAGAUAUAAUAAAGCUUGUGAUAUUUGGUCAAUGGGUGUUAUUAUGUACAUUCUUCUAUGUGGUUAUCCACCUUUCUUUCCGAAAGAUGAAGAAAACUCAAACUAUGGUAUGAAAUAUAGAAUUAAAACAGGUGAUUAUCAAUUUCCUGAUGCUGAAUGGAAAAAUAUUUCACAAGAAGGAAAAUCUAUUAUUCAACGAAUGCUCAUAGUUAAUCCAGCAAAUCGUAUAACAAUCGAUGAAAUUCUCACAAAUCCAUGGCUUACUGAAUUGAAUUCUGAAAGAUCAAUCGAUAUAAGUCCACUUCAAGAUGCCGAAAAUCGACAACAAUUACAAGCUGCAAUUGCAUCUGCUACUGAUGCUCAACGUCAAAUUGAUGAUGAUUUAGAUAUUGAAAUAUCUGGACCAGAGGCAUCACGUAUUGCUAAACGAGCAGCUAAAAAAAAUCGACAAAUAGUUCUCAUUGAUGAAACUUUUCGUAAAAUGAGAAUCGAAACUGAAUAUGAUCAUGAAGAAUCUUCAGCAACUACAACAACAGAAUCACAAAGUCAAUCAUCAGAUCUAUCUGAUAAAAGUUAA